UCGCCUCCGCGCGGUUCUACUCUACUCUACUCUACUCGCUCUGCUAUACUCCGCUCUCUACUCUUACCUUCAAGGGCUUCGGAUUCCGCAGGUCGACCAUCUCGUGCUGCUUCUUGCCGGCGCUCCUGUACCUGAAAGGCAAAUUACGUGGGCUCUUAGGCGCCGCGCGGUACAAUUAAAACGAAUGCGACCAGGUGCCUUGGUCAAACUAGCCACCUCUUUCUCGCGGUUCCAAAACAUGGCCAACAAUGAAUGACUUUCGGGGAAUGGGGUGCAGCGCGGGCAUGGAAGGCAAUGGGCUUAUGGAGCAUGCACAUGAAAUACACAAUGGACUCGUGCCAAUGAACGGCAACGGAACCUCCGGGCGGUCAUCUCCUAGCGGAGGUGACCCCGCCCCCGGCAAACUGUUCGUGGGAGGCCUGAGCUGGCAGACGUCGUCUGAGAAGCUCAAGGAGUACUUUGGGAUGUUCGGCACAGUCACUGACGUCUUGAUAAUGAAAGAUCCAGUGACGCAGAGGAGUCGAGGCUUUGGCUUUAUUACAUUUUCGGACCCGGAGACGGUGGAAAAGGUCCUGAAAGUUCCCAUUCACACUCUCGAUGGCAAAAAGAUCGAUCCCAAGCACGCUACCCCGAAGAACCGAGGUAAAGUCGGGAGCCGAACAAAGAAGAUCUUUGUGGGCGGCGUGAGCCAGGACACCUCCGCCGAAGAGGUGAAGGCGUACUUCAGCCAGUUCGGCAAGGUGGAGGAGACGGUGAUGCUGAUGGACCAGCAGACGAAGCGCCACCGCGGCUUCGGCUUCGUGACGUUCGAGAGCGAGGACAUGGUGGACCGCGUGUGCGAGAUCCACUUCCACACCAUCAAGAACAAGAAGGUGGAGUGCAAGAAGGCGCAGCCGAAGGAGGCGGUGCAGACGGGCGCCAUCCUGGGCAAGCGCAUGGUGCUGGGCCCGCUGGGCGUGCGCAUGGCCGCGCCCCAGCCGCUGACGCCGGCCACGCAGCUGGCGGCGGCGCAGGCCCAGGCACACGUGCAGGCGGCCACGGUGGCGGCGGCCGCGCAGGCGCAGAGCGCGGCGGCGCUGGCGGGCUACGGGAAGCUGUUCGGCGCGUACCCCACGCUGGCCAGCUACCGCUACGCGCCCUACCCGAUCCCGGGGACGGUGGGCGCCGUGGGUGGAGUGGGCGCGGCGGGCGUGGGCGGCGUGGGAGGGGUGGGCGGCGUGGGAGCCGCCGUCGGCGGGAUCGGGGCUGCGGCCGCCGCCGCGGCUGCCGGGGGCGCCGUGGGAGGCAACCCCACGCCCACCACGGCCGCCGGCGCUACGCCCACCCUGGCGCCGCCCGUGCCCGCCAACCCCUACCAGGGCUACAAUCUCACAAAUGUCGACAUGUCAAGCUUCCAAGGAGUGGACUGGGGAUCCAUGUACGGCAUGGGCAUGUACGUCUGA